CUCUCUGAGCGAGGAGCGCUCUUCUCGGCAGCAAACAGGACAGGUGCCUGGGUUGUCGCUUCUAAAACAUAACAGACUAGAAGAUCGUUGCCUGGAUUAUCUAGAUUGGUAGAGAGAGAGAGAAUUCCUUUUACAUCUGAAAUGCCAGACAGUGAGGAUCUGGGACAAGAUGAAAGCUGGAAAGUCGUCAGUUCCAGGCAAGACUACAGACCCAGAAUAAAUCAGUGCAUUUCAGAAACACUGAUGAAUUUAUUUGUAUUUCUUCAAGAAAUGUCCCACUUCAAGGAACAAAACCCUGGCAAGUUUUGCCUACUAGUCUGCAGCGUAUGUACGUUUUUCACUGUCUUGGGAAGUUACAUUCCUGGAGUUGUCCUCUCGUAUGUUCUGUUAUUGUGUGCCUUUUUAUGUCCCUUCCUUAAGUGCAAUGAAUUUGGACAGAAAGUGUGCCACAAAAUUAAGACUGUUCUGAUGAAACUAGAUUUUGGAAUAGUGGAAUAUAUCAACCAGAAGAAAAAAGAGAGAUCUGAAACAGCAAAAACAAAACCCACAGAAGAUGACAGUGAAUUAGACAUAUCAGCUCUGUGUCCUAAGGUUAGUCCUGCAGUUGUUGCCAAAGAGCUGUCGGUGUCUGACACAGAUGUAUCAGAAGUAUCUUGGACCGAUAAUGGGACCUUUAACUUAUCCGAGGGGUAUUCUCCACAGACAGACACAUCUGAUG